AUGAGGGACAUAUGGACCAAGCUGCCCUUCACCACGGAAUUCCACGUGUACGUGUUGAACGUGACUAAUCCCGAGGAAAUCGACGCGGGAGGCAAACCGAUCGUUCACGAGAUCGGACCGUUCGUUUACGACGUGCACCAGGAAAAAAUCAAACAAAUAGACCACGAGGAGGACGAUACGGUGUCUUACGUGCCGAACAACUUGUACUACUUCAACAAGUACAAGAGCGAGGGUCUGUCCGACGAUACGGAAAUUUGCUAUCCUCAUCUGUUCAUAAUGACAGUGUCGAACGGGCCGAUGAAGGAAAAGCCGCAACUGUUGUCUUGGACAAUGGACACGAUACUGAAUAGGCCGCAGAGCGCAUUCUAUAAGGUGAAGGUGGGGACGGCGUUGUUCGAGGGUUUCGAGAUUCCGUGCGCCGGGGUGGAAGACUACUUUGGCAAAGCUUUGUGCAACGAGAUGAGAGAGAACUACUUCGAGUACACCCUGAGGCGGAAGAACGACACGUUCUACGCGUCGCUGUUCGGCUACGUAAGCUGGACGGAGCGCGGCGCCGAGCGCAAGCGGAUCGAACGAGCGCGUGCUUUGCAGCUGAGCGGCACCUACGACAAGGAGCGGCGCAUCCGGAUCAAGCGCGGCGCGAGCAACCUCGAGCAGCUGGGCAGACCGGUGGAGGUCGACGGCCGGGACAACCUCGCGACCCGGGGCGACGACGAGUGCGACGCGUUCCGCGGCACCGACUCGUCCAUCUUCCCGCCGUUCCCGAGGCGCGAGCGGGGCGUGCCCGUGGUGCUGCCGACGCUGUGCCGCAAGCUCACCCUGGCCUUCCUCACUCCAGCGCCGAGUUCCGACGGCGAGCACGUACCCGCGGACCGCUGCUACUGCGUGGACCCGGCGGCCUGUCUGCGGCGCGGGGCGCUCGACCUGUACCGCUGCAUCCGCGUGCCGUUCGUCGCGUCGGGGCCGCACUUCUACCUGGCCGACCCGCGCUACUCGGCGAGCGUCGCGGACGCCGCCUUCGCGCCCGCUGAGCGGCCCGCCGCUGCGCGUCCACGCCAGGUUGCAGGUCAACGUCGAGCUGCUGCCCAUCCGCAGAUAAAACCACCGUAA